CCUUCCACUCCAUUUCACUUAGAUUGGCUUCUGAAGAGCUGCAAAAAUUGUCCUUAAAGUCCAGACGACAUUCGUAGACUAGACCCUCAAAAGGGGUAUUUUAAAGCAGGCUGUAUUCGGACUGCCCGGGAAGGCAUUGCCACUUCUCUUCAGACAGGGGAUUUCCGCCGAUUUCUUUCUGUCAUUUCACCUCUGUUUUGCACUCUGCUCCUUGCUCUGUUGCGGGGCCCCAGUUUUCCUGUAACCAACCUCUUAGAACCAAUCAAGAAGUAAAGAAGAGAAGAAACGCCCGCCCGCUCCCAAUUUCCUUGGUUUCUCUGCCCGCCAACCGCAGAGCCGCCCGAGCCAGAGCCGCUGUCAUCUUUAACCCAGCUCAGCUGAUCGGUUGCCGCCGCCGCCGCCGCCAGAUUCCAGAAGCAAAGAACAAGAAGCUGGGAAGCGAGACAUGGACGUGAAUAUCGCUCCGCUCCGCGCCUGGGACGAUUUCUUCCCAGGCUCUGACCGCUUCGCCCGGCCGGACUUCAGGGACAUUUCCAAAUGGAACAACCGCGUGGUGAGCAACCUGCUCUAUUAUCAGACCAACUACCUGGUGGUGGCUGCCAUGAUGAUUUCCGUUGUGGGGUUCCUGAGUCCCUUCAACAUGAUUCUUGGAGGCAUCGUGGUGGUGCUGGUGUUCACGGGCUUUGUGUGGGCAGCCCAUAAUAAAGACAUCCUCCGCCGGAUGAAGAAGCGGUACCCCACAACGUUUGUCAUGGUGGUCAUGCUAGCCAGCUACUUCCUCAUAUCCAUGUUUGGGGGAGUCAUGGUCUUUGUGUUUGGCAUUACUUUUCCUCUGCUGUUGAUGUUUAUCCACGCAUCGCUGAGACUCCGGAACCUCAAGAACAAACUGGAGAAUAAAAUGGAGGGAAUCGGUCUGAAGAGGACGCCCAUGGGCAUUGUCCUGGAUGCCCUAGAACAGCAGGAAGAAAACAUCAGCAAGUUCACUGACUAUAUCAGUAAAGUGAAGGAGUAAAUAGAGCUGACCUGCUGACAGGGUUGCAGCAGAAAUCGAGUUGCAGUUUGUCCUUGUCCAGACCUACUUUCCGUUUGUGUUUUUGAAAUACGAGGUGCACAAACCAUCCAGCUAUCCAUGGCAGCACGCACGGAGAGGUCACCCUGUUCUCAUCUCUGCUGUUGCAGAGAAAAGGCCUCAAACUGAAAGAAACCGCCCUCCUAUUAUGUCUGAAGUUUCAAGUGUGUUUAUGAAAGCUGAUAGGAAAUGGGUCGCACUUAUUUCUUAAGGGGAAUAAAAGAAAAGAAUUAUGGAUUGUACGGCAACAAUAUGGUUAUCUUGUAGGAAAAAAGUAAUUGUAAAGGAUCAAGGCAAUAUGAGUAAAUGCAAAGACUACGAAAGGAGAUGAUAUCAUGCAUUAGCCUGUUUUAAUUCCCCUCAGCAUCCUUCAAAAAUAUUCCUUCCUUAGCAUUAUAAUAUGUGGGGUAUAAAGUAGUUUUUAUUAUUCUUUAAAAUCAAAGAUGAUCUCGAUCACUUUGCCUCCUGUUUGAUGUGCAGUGGAUAAACCAGUUGUUUCUAUUUUGUUUAUAAAUAUAAAGCUAGCUGUUUAGGAGAAUAUUUUGUCAACUUUUUGUAAAUUUUUGAAGUGCUAGUAAUAUGUUCUCACUAGAAGGCAUUUGUUGCAAACUAAAUAUCAUCUUCUUUAAGGAGGUUACAGCUCUGUAACCUGUAUUAUUCUUGACAGUCUUGUUAAAAAACAAACAAAAAAAUCAGAAUAAAACUUGAGUUUCUAUUGCA